AUGGAGGAAUCAUUCAACAUCCCUCUGGCCGAUGAUAUGCAUUGCCACUUGAGGCAAGGAGACAUGCUGAAAUUUACUGUGGAUGCUAUAAAAAAGGGAGGGUGUGAUCGGGUGCUCGUCAUGCCCAAUACAACCCCCAUAAUAAGUACCUGUGAAGAGGCGGAGAAUUACAGAAAAGAGCUCAUGAAGUAUGAAAAUAGGGUAGAUUACUUAAUGACUUUAUAUUUAAAUACAAAAACAGAUGAAAAUGACAUUUUAAAUAAUUAUCAAAAAUGUAAUUUUCAAGGAAUAAAAAUUUAUCCAAAUAAUGUGACAACAAAUUCAAAUGAUGGUGUUACAAGUUUGGAACCGUAUUAUAAAAUUUUCCAUACUCUCGAAAAAUUAAAUAAAAGCUUACAUAUUCAUUGUGAAGAACCAAAUGUAAAUCCAUUAUAUGCUGAAAAGAACUACAUAAAUCAUAUUCAUGAUUUAGGUAUUCAUUUUCCUCAUUUAAAAAUUGUGUUAGAGCAUAUUUCAACAGCUGAUAUGAUCGAUUUGGUUAAAAAGUUCCCUAAUAUUGCUGGUUCAAUUACACCACAUCAUUUAUAUCUAACUAUAGACGAUGUUGUUGACACGGAUAAUUAUGAUUAUUCUACAGAUAAUAUAGAGAUAGAAAAGUAUUUAAAAAAUGUAUACAACUAUUGUAAACCUUUGCCUAAAACUAUUAAUGAUAAAAUAGCUUUAUGUAAUAUUAUAAAAGAAGAUUUUCCGAGAAUUUUUUUAGGUUCUGAUUCUGCACCACAUUAUAAAAAAUUCAAAAAUGAUCCUCACUACAAAGCUGGAAUAUAUACACAGCCAUUUCUAAUGUCAUAUAUAUCACAUAUAUUUAACAAAAUGAAUUCAUUAAAUAAAAUAGAAAAUUUUGCUUGUAAAAAUGCUGCAAGCUUUUUAAAUUUAAAGGAGAAGAAAAGUAAUACAGACAAACAAACGCUUUCUCUUUGUAUACAAAAGAAAAAAUUUAAAAUUGAUGAAGAGUAUUUUGGAGUUGUCCCCUUUUUAGCUGGUCAAACAAUUGAUUUUACAGCAUCCUACGUAUGUGCAGAUUCUUAA